AUGUACGUACUGUCUGGUAAUGAACUCUUGAUUACUACAAGAGAGACAACACGUGUCAAGCAAUUGAUUUUGGUUAAUGUGAUUUCGCCAAAAGUUGGUUCAAUAUUAAGCGACGGAUCUAUUGGUGGAGAAGAAGACGUCGAUGGCUAUGAAUCGCGCGAAUAUUUGCGAAAAUUAGUAAUUGAAAAGACAAGCCUAAAAAUGUCUUCAAAACUGUCGAAACCGUUAUCACCGGGAGAUGUGAUCACUCAAGACAUGCCUCUAAUUCAUGUCCUAAAUAUGUCAUCGAAAGGCAAAUAUUGUGACAAUUGUUUCAAAAGAUCGGAUCAAUUGAAGAGAUGCUCGAAAUGUCUUCGUAUGUAUUAUUGCGGUAAAGAGUGUCAGAAGAAUGACUGGAAGUAUCACAAGAAUGAGUGUCCACUCCUUCGACACGAAAUACCAGAACUCCUUCUUUUCAAUGAUUGGCUCAGACUUUGGUUCCGAUUCUACCUUUCGGUCAAAAAGAUCCCAACGUUUGCCACAAAAAAGCACCGAUUGAUUGACGGAUCGGAAGUCAGUCUCAAUGACAUGAAAGUGGAUGACAUUCACGUCGAGGCCAUUAACGGGAGAAGACAUGAGUUCGAGUCAUCGCACAAAGUGUUGGUCGAAUUGGGUGUCCGUCACGAACCCGAAGAAGUGAUACAUUGGGUGUCAUUCCUCUACAGUUGCGAUCCAUUGAUUCCUAUGGCGUCCGUGGGAUCCGUUGAAAUAGGAGUUGAGCCAAUAGGUAUUGGUCUAUACCUUCAGCACCGGUUCAUCGGACACAGCUGUCAACCCAAUUGCGCCUUCAAUGAUAACCGCAAAGAUCUAUCGAUGCAAUUGCGGGCAAUGAGACCGAUAGCCGUCGGCGAAGACAUUACUUUCAAUCGCGUGCCGUUACAAAUGAACCGAACGGAUAGACAAAAUGCUCUUAAAAUGUUGUCAAUAGUCUGCGAGUGCGACAAAUGUGUUCACCAUUUGGACCGUGACGUCGAUUAUGAGCGCUUCCAAACCGGUGAUCUCUUUCCCGAUCAAGUCUUCACGUCUCGCACCCAAAUCAUGGCUCACGUGUGGAAAUUGUUGACCGAUUUGGACAUAAUGUUCGGUGCCUUUCAUCCAAUGAAAACAGUGCUUUUGAAUCUUUUAACCUUCUAA